UCGGCCAUCCUUACCACGCGAGUCCGCAUUACGUCACCGUCGAUAGCGCUCGCCGCUCGGGCACUCCGCGCCGCCAGUCAAACCUCACUCGUCACACAACACACACGUUUCACAAAUCGACAAUCAUGUCUACAAAGGAAGAGCCAGCGAUUUGCAACAGCUGCCAUGCUGUCAUCCAGGGCAGAAUCCUGACAGCGCUGAACAAGAAGUGGCACCCGGAGCACUUCACGUGCAACACGUGCCGCAAGCCGAUCGACAGCGCCAAGUUCCACGAGCACAACGGCAGCGUGCACUGCGUGCCGUGCUUUACCAACCACCACAGCCCACGCUGCCACGGCUGCGGGGAGCCCAUCACUGACCGCGUGAUCCAAGCGCUCGGCGUGUCCUGGCAUUCGCACCACUUCAUCUGCGGCGGCUGCAGGAAGGAGCUCGGAGGCGGUGGCUUCAUGGAGCAGGCUGGCCGUCCCUAUUGCUCAUCGUGCUAUGCUGACAAGUUCGCUGCUCGCUGCAAGGGUUGUGGCUCGCCCAUCGUCGACAAAGCGAUCGUCGCGCUCAAUGCCAAGUGGCAUCGCGACUGCUUCACUUGCAUGAAAUGCAGAAACCCAGUGACUGACUCGACGUUCUCCGUGAUGGACAACAAACCACUCUGCGGCAAAUGCGCUUAAACGCACCACCCCACCACACACACCCCAUCGAGUAAUCUAACAGCUUGGAUAAGAACAGACAUCACUUUUAUCUAGAGUUUAGACAUGACAUAUUGAACCGAUAAGUUGACGUGUUAACCUGAGUUGAAAUAUAAAUUAGAUUGCCCGAAGUUUAUAUACUAGGCCAAGACAAUACCGGUAAAUAUCCCAUUGUAGUCACUCUGUACUGCUAAGAUAAAAAAAAUGCAUUUCAACAUUAGUGUGCGAGCAAAUCAAAUGGCUAACAAUGUUCAAAUAUGCUAAGCAAAGCCUAAAACCUACCUAAAACAUUUCAUCAAAUUCAAAUGAGUGCGUGACUUUUUAAUCCGGAAUUCCAAUUCACCUCUAGUUAACACGGUAUACUAGGUUAAGUGGACUAUUUAUAGACUACUAAUUUUAUUUCUGGCAAUAUUUGCGCCAUUUUUCAAAUCUUGCAACACAAUUGUGUCAAAAUGAAAUGACAGCUUGCGGCUUAUUCAGUUUUUUUUGUUCAAUCAGGUGACCUAGGCAAAGGUCCUUAGUUAUAAGUCCUUUAAUGUAGUGGCUUAUCUUUGGCUAAAGCGACUUAAGCGCUCCAAUAUUGUUGAAGCUGCUUGAAGUGAUUAAGCCUAAGCUGCAUUUUAUUUAAUGGAUAUUCUAUAUUCAUAUAGUCGUGUAGAAUAAAACAUGUAAUUGGAUGAGGCCUUAAUAUAUUUUUGAUAUGAUAUACGUAUGUAUACGGAGUAUGAAAACAUAUAACAAGGAAGAACAAUAAUUGGAAAAAAAUAUUUUCAUAUAUUUUUCUUUGUAUAUUUUUAUAUUCAGCCUUCUCCAGGAAUUGGACAUGACAAAUGACAGGAAUAUUAUGUAAUACAUAAGAAGAAAAUAUUUUGAUCAUUUGUGUAAUAAAAUAAGUUUUCGUGUGUAAGUUGUGAUGGAUUGUUUUCAUUGAAUCGACAAAGUUGUACAUAUUUUUUGAGAAAUUGGUAAAUUUUAUAUAACUGUGAUGCUUUAAGCUUUUUCGGUAUUUAAACAAAUCAUAUAUGAUCGUAAAACGAGCUACAUUUAUCAACUGCUUAAAUGUUUUUUGAAAUAAAUUAUUUUUUUCUUUUGUUUUGAUGAAA